CGAUAUAAAGGUUAUCCUCUCUCACCAGUAGCUGGUCUACUUUUUCUCUCUCGCGUGUCCGUAGACACUUUAUCGUCCUCAAACAUAUUGCUUGGACAGUGGACAGUUCUGCGACACCGGCUUUGUGCAUCUCAGUCUAAGCGAACGGCCCACUUUGCGACGGCCAUCUGACGAGGACACGACCGUUUCCACUCUUGGUCAGAGACAUAUACUCACAGACCUUACACGGCCACCAUAUAACGAUUGGAGAGUGGCUUGCCUCCCAGUUCCAUGCCCCGUCUACGUGUGCUCGCAGGUCCGACGCCGACCACGCUCACACCGAUCUCAGCCAACUGCUCCACGCCGCACAUCAUCUCGACUCCUGACUUUGAGGGACGCGUGCUCGUGUAUAUAAAAGGUCUCAACGAUUCCAAUAGCACCGUGCCAGAGAACGAGUACUUCAGCAGGGACGACCGCAAAGGCAUUACGUGGAGCAUUCAGGUGCAGGGUCGAUUCCUGCAGCCGCGGUCUGCGGAUGAUGUGCUCUUCGGGAACACGUUCGACCGCCCGCUCAAGCUGCCCUGGGGGUCUUCCGUCGCGCUGAAGUUCAUGAGUAUUGUGGAUCCGACGUUGGAGCACGACCUCGCGUCUCCUACGAAGCCCUGGGCGCUCUCCCCGCUCAUUGCGACGAUGCCGCACUUUGCACACGCGCGCCUAAAAGGCGACAGCGAGUGGCCUGAUCUCGCUUCUGCGAGCUCGCUCGUGGACGACAUAUCUCAGCUCUAUCUCGCCGUGAACAGCCGUCCAGCCUUGACUACUUCAUCGUCAUCUUCGUCGUCCUCGUCUUCCUCCUCUUUGCUCACGUCUUCGAGCUCCUUGUCUCCCUCAUCCACGUCUUCAUCGCCUAACUUUGUGCAGCUCGAGGCGGGAAAGUCAUCUCCUCUCUCCUCGCACGCGCACAUGCAGAGCGAUAAGAACAAGAACACGGAAGAGCACAGAAAGAAACGCGGAAAGCAGAGUAAGAGCCUCGAACGCAUAUUAAGCGCGCUCUCGACUGCCGACAAACGUCGCAAGCACUUCGCGUCCUCCGCCCAUCGACAAGCCAUCGUCUUCGGGCCUCAUGACCUUCUCACAACCGACUUCUGCUACGGUUUCCUCGAGUUCUCGCCUUCACUCGCCCUACGUCUCCCAGGCGGUGUUUCAUUCGAUCUGAUGCACUAUUGGGAUGGCCAGCCCGUGCGCUUUGUGUGCUGUGAGCGUGCAAAGACGCAAAACGGGGAUCCUAUUGAGGGCGAGGGUGACCCGUGGGGCAAAGUGUUUUGGUGCGUGACGAUAGAGCUUGAGGAGGGCUCCUCCUAGUGCCGGAGCGAAGUGAUUGAUAUACGAUCGAUUUCUUGAAGCAUGUACAGCAUAAAUAGCUGUUUGUUCUCUGCGUGGUGCUGUCUGUCAUAUCUAUUUCUUGCUGAAGAAUUUUC